AUGGCUGGCAGUACGCGAGCAAUUCGCUCUAAGAUGGCUUCCAUCAUGCAGCUGUCCUCGGUGUCGCGCCGGUCGAUCUCGACAUCCCUUCGCGCACCGCUCCAAGCCACCAAGCCUACCUCUAUCUCGCGCAUCGCUCGCCGUGGCUACGCUGAUGCCGCUCCCACCCCUUCGCCCGCCCCGCAGCCCAAGAAGCGCUUCAGAGUCCUCCGCUGGGCCUGGCGUUUGACCUGGCUAUCUGCUAUUGGUCUGACCGGUGCUGUCGCAUACAGCAUCCUUGAACUCCGUCAACCUCCCGAGCAGUUCACGCCUGACCCAGAAAAGAAGACUCUGGUGAUCCUCGGAACUGGCUGGGGAUCCGUUUCCCUCUUGAAGAAAAUUGAUACCGAGAACUACAACGUUGUCGUCGUUUCCCCCCCGUAA